AUGUUUAUAGUUGAUGCAUUGAGUGGAGCCUUUCAUCAUGAAAUUGCCAUAAACUUUGUUUUUCUUUUGUCAUUCGUACGAAAAUAUUUCAAAUUAGGCGUGGUUGGUCAAGCGUUGAUUAUUGAACUUUUUGAAGGAGUUUUCGAUACUGCGGAUACAUGCUUUACAAUCGCCUACUCAUGUAUUAUGCUUAACACCUUGCUGCAUAAUCCAAAUGUAAAGGAUCGGCCAACGUUUGAACGUUACCAAAUGAUGAAUAAGGAGUUACUUGAUGCUGGUUCUGUGAAUACCGCAUUACUGGCGCAAAUUUUUGAUUCAAUACGCACGCGGGAGUUCAAAAUUCCUUGCGAUGACGCGGCACGGUUGGAUAAUAUUUUGCAUCCAGAUCGUGAAGGUUGGCUGUACAAGCAAAGCAGUAGUCAGUUCAUAUCUGGGCCACUGUCAUGGAAACGGAGAUGGUUUGUCUUGAGUGACUCUUGUCUGUAUUACUUCGAGCAGACAGGCGACAAGGAACCUCGCGGCAUCAUUCCUUUGCAGAAUGUUGGUGUUCGGCGGGUAGAAAAUGCUUCUCGACCGUUCAUGUUUGAGAUAUUUUCGCUGAACGAAGAUGGACGAAUAAAAGCUUGUAAAACGGAACAGACGGGUAAGCUAGUCGAGGGUCGGCAUAGCGUAUAUCGGAUCUGUGCCUCAAACUCUGAUGACAUGAACUCGUGGCUGGAAGCUAUUGCUGGUGCAGUGACACACUAUCCCACGCGACCUCGAACUUGUAAAACGGAACAGACGGGUAAGCUAGUCGAAGGUCGGCAUAGCGUGUAUCGGAUCUGUGCCUCAAACUCUGAUGAUAUGAACUCGUGGCUGGAAGCCAUUGCUGGUGCGGUGACACAUUAUCCCACGCGACCUCGAAGUGCUCACUAG